UUGUGUCACGGCACACGUGUUUAUAAGUUGUUUGUUGAUAAAUAAUGAGAUUUGAUUUAUUCAUAUUGUGCUAGGAAGUCAAUAAAGAGACUUGUACACAGAAGAAAAUUUAGAAAUAUUUUCUUAUUGUUUUCGUAACUUGUUCAAAACUCACCAUAACUAAAUUACUUACAUAAUACUUUGGUCUAAGCUAUUCAUGGAUAGAACUUUAAGCCUAGGUUUCUGUGUUCAAAAGUGUUUCAUAUUUUGAAAAAUUCAAAAGCCAGACCAAUUCUAUUAGUUUUCAUAUACCUAGGUAACUCGGGCGUUUUAAGUUCUUGAAAAAUGAAGUUUACAUAUAACCCUGUUGAAACAGACAUUCCAAACUGCAAAAUGAGAACUGGAAAAUUGAGUGAAUUUUACAGGAUUCCAAACUCUGUGUUCCUAACACCCCUUCUCUUGCUGUAUUCAAAGAGUGGAAGUGUUACGCAUCUGACUCGAGAAGUUCUAGAGAUGGUUGCUGAUGUACCAUCACAAGCUGUACAAGUGCCGCUGUCUAACAGUGUUAAAUGCUGUAGCAGUAUUAAAAAUUUCAAAGGAGGGAUAUCUAAAUUUGCUGGUUUGGAUGAAUGCUUGACAUACUGCUCAGUCCAAGAUCCUGCUGAAGAAACUAGAGGUGGAUACAAUGAGAAAACCAGCAUCAGUAUAUGGACGAAUAUCGGAAGACAACAAUUAUCAGCAGAAAAAUACAUGGACAUGAUGGAAGCUUUCAAGCCGGACAUGUAUCACUCGCUUUGCGAUGGUGACACCAACAAGAACUCAUCGAGGAAACGAGCCUACAAGACAUUGAACGUGACGGGGUCAAUGUUUAGAACAUGUGCCGAGCGACACGCCCAAUCGGAGAGUCUUAAGCACAGUAUGCUGCUGGGUGUGGUGGAGGGAGGGUAUGAGCUCAGUGCUAGGAGGGACGCAGCUCGCAAGAUGGCCGCCUGUCCUGCAGCUCAAGGUUACGUCAUUGACGGCUUACACAACAACGGACCAAGUGUUGAAGACAUCAGCUACAAAACCAUCAGACCAGUCAUCAAUGAAACACUGAAGCACCUACCAGAAGACAAGUUGAGGAUUGUUCACGGCGGGUGGCGGCCGGACGUGGUGCUAGACCUGGUCAACGCAGGUGUAGACGUGUUUGACUCCUCCCUCGUGUAUCUGGCAGUAGAGCGCGGCUCGGCCCUCACGUUCACUUACAAGGUGCUUUCAACCAGAGAAUUUAAUGGUGUUCCUCUCACUAAUGGAACGCAUCACCACAAGAAUGAGAAGAGAAAAGCGUUCACGGAACCUAUAACUGUUGAUAAGACCUGCAGAAAAUUGUGUAGAAACUAUGAAAUAAAUCUUAAUGAUAAACGGUAUUUUGAUGACUUCAGUCCGAUCAGCCGAGACUGCGGGUGUCUAACUUGCACCAAACACACACGAGCGUACAUCCACCACCUACUGAAUACCAAGGAAAUGCUGUCCUCCGUAUUGUUGAUGAUUCACAAUCUACACCACUACUUGCAGUUUUUCCGUGCAAUCCGAGAACACGGCAUCAAAGGACAACUACUAACUAUUGACCCUCCCAUCUCUUGACACCAGGGACCUGAUUUAGCCUAAGUACAGUAUUUGGCACACAUUCUUAGAUUAGUGUUAAGUAGUUUUAAGGUUAAAUCUAGAAUCCCAACUGGUCUACGCUUAGUUUAUGAGUCGGCAGGUGAAAUAGUAUUUUUCUCUAUGAAGAAUGCAUACACAAUUUACAACAGGAUUGGUGCAAAAUUUGACUAACCAAAAUAAAGGGAGUGAGGCUGUUUGGGGUUACCUAUUUUUUCAACUAAUCAAUGGUUGGAAUUUAAAAGCUAUUUCAGUUCAAAUCAAACAGCCUUUGAGAGUGGAGUCUUUUGUAACGUUUUUUUUUAUUACUGCCAUCUUAAAAUCUACAGCUGCACACACAAAAUCUAUUUUAAUAAAUAAUCAACAAUUGUUUUCUGAACUUUAUCUUCACAGCAGUUGUUAACUAUCCACAUCACGGUAGACAAUUCCUGUUGCCUAGCUAAUUUCCCUUUAAUUUUGAUUUUUUAUUAUGGUUUUGGUUAACAUGGGUUGCAGUUUAACGCCCGGGGGUGUUUAAAAGAGGUUUUCCUGUAUCUGGUCUUGUUUGCUACAAAUUGAACAUGCUACAAGUUGAAAUAAUAGAAAAUCCCAUUUGAAUCAAUAAUGUUGCACAAAAAACAUCAAGGAUUUGUUCUUUUGGAGGAGAAAGCCAAUAAGAAGAAAGCAAUUCCAGUACAAGGAAUCCAAACAUGUCACUCUAGUAGAACUAAGAAAAGGAAAUUACAUGUUGUGCGUAAAGUCUUCAUGUUGGGAUUCUAAUGUUGAUAGCCUAAAUUGUUAGUUUUUUCACCAAAACCUUUCACUAGUCUGUCCUAUACACUUUUCACUAGGAUUAACUAUUUAUUUUAGGUUUUAAGCACUUAUGGUUGAGCUCUAAGAGCAUACCGUGAUUUCCAUGGCGGCCUAUGAUGUUAGAUGAUGAAUUCAUCCAAUGUUGUUUUAGUGAUGUGGUGGUUGUUGGUUUAUCUAGUUAGAUUAGUUCAUUUUUAGUGAGGGCAAGACUAGAUUUCAAUAUCUUUCCAGCAGUUUUUAAAUUUUUUCUUAGGAAAUCUUUUACUUUUUCAGUUUUGUUCUCUAAAUUUAUACAACUAGGUGGUAAUGGAAAGACCAAUUUAAACUACAUACCAUGAUUUUUAAGUUAAUUGUUUAAAAACAAGAAAAAAAUCAAUGCAUUUAAAAAUAAGUUUACCCAAAGUAACUUAGAAUGAAAGUGAUUUAGGUGUUUGGCUGUAAAAAACUGGAUGAAAUUAGUUUUGCACAUCAAAGAUGUGGUGAUUGUAGAGCAUUUUAUCGCCUUUUCAUAAGCUGUCAUAAGUGGAAAGUCAGUGGCUUAUUCGCUAGCUUGAUAAACUGAAUUUAAAUAAAGUGCAUUCAUAAUGGAUGUCAAAUUACUUUAACCUGAACGAUUGUGAUCAUCUCAUGCAAUCAUGAAGUUUACAUAGCACCUCAUAAACUUCACUCAUGUCUUCAGCAAUACGAUUAAAAUUCCUUUCUGAAAAAAUCCAAAAUCAUUUAAAUCCGGUUUCAAAAACUAAAAUAAGGACUCGUGCACUUUUGAGUCUUGAAUUUCCCUACAUGUUUAAUCCCUCAAAUCCAUUCAAUAUUCAAAAUUACUGUGAUAUUCUGUACUCUUAUCUUACAGAAUUGAAUCCAGCACACAAAGAAACAUUAGUUUGAUAAAAACCGCAAGCACCACAUCACUAGUUGUUCCUACACUGUAACUAAGUUACUUUCCAAACCAUAAGACACUUUUGUAGUUAGUGGCCAGUACUAUUACGUUACGUAUGUUGAUACCAAACAUAGUUAUUUUGUGUAGCAAAGCUAAUGACCGAAAACAUUAUCAUAAUUUGUACCUUAUUUAAGUAGAUGGAUUACCUUAGUAAUUAUUUGUUGUGUUGUUGGUUGGACAUUGUUAGUACAAAGUUAACUAAACUUUAGUUUUACUGUGAUUAAUACAUAAUAGUACACACGCUUGGUUUCAGGUUGCAUUGUUAAUUUAUUGCUCUCAACGUUACUUUUGUUUGAGUAGGCCUACGGUAUCUCGUAAAGGUCCAUUCGCGUUUGUGUCAAAUUAAAUAAUAUUUUUCAAAGUAUGAUGUUAAAAUCAACUUUUACAUUAAUUAUGGAUCCAAACGCUACUUUGGGAAAGGACGAAAAUCCACUAAUGACAAGAAGUUGUUAACAUUCAGAACAUUUAUUUGUAUUUUAGAUGAAAUUGGUAUGGAGUAAUGCCAACAACGUAUUGGUGACAAAAGUAGAGGUCCUUUACAUUUUGUGUUAUACUCACAGAAAAAAACCACACACACUUUUGAUCACAUUUGUAAUAUGCCCUAUGUACAAGGAAUUUAUUGAUGGGUUCUUCCAAAGGCAAUAACUUUGACGCUUAUUUAAUUUUACUCAACUUUAUUUAUUAAAGUACUUUUCUCAAAUUGUCAAUGCUCCUUAACUUUCGUUAUAAGGUAACAAUACAAUUUAAUUGUUAUUUAUUUUUAUAAUUCUUCAUAAGUAUUCUAACCAUUAUGUAUUGUAUAUUUCAGUUGACAAACACUGGGAUUUUCACAUGCUUGAAACAGUGAUUUAUUUAUUUUAGUAACUUAAGUACAGCAAUUCUGUUUUUAAGUUGUAGUUCUUGUAAGUUCAAAUGAAGGUUGUGUUUAUUUGUUUUCUUAGUUUUAGGUUCAAAUUUGUGUUAUUUUCUCCCGGUUUAUUUGUUAAGUAUAUUAAGGCAAUCAAUAUUUUGUCUGGAAACCUUUUGGUUUUUCUGUUCAAUGUUUGAGAGGAAAACCUUUGUCUGAAAGUGGUUGAUUUCAUGUUUCUCUUUUUGUUUUAUGUUUAAGUUUAAGAAACAAUUGCAUAAUAACCUAUUCUAAACACAUUUGUGUUUUCAUUUCAUCAAAUUUUAGAUCAAAUUUUAAUUCAUCCCUGACACUGAAUAGCAAUAGGUAUUUUCAACUCGUAAAAAUAAUUAUUUGCUCUUAGUAUGUUGGCUACAGUAAUUCAAAUCUCUUUGGUUGUAUAUUUUUUCUAAUAAGUGCAAUUGAAAGGUUGUUAUAUGUUAGAAUAAGUCGUUUGUGGGAAGGUUUUGCUUUAAAUCCCAUUUAAUAAUGUACAAUAUCUUACAUGACUCCACGUUGAUUUAUCUUGUACAAAUUCUUAAUCCUGUACCUGAUCAUAACUAGGCAAUACGUUUAUUUAAAAAGUUGAUUUUAGUGUUUAAUUUUUCCCAAACACUAAAUAGGUUACGUUUUGAGGGUUGCAAAGUAUUUGUAAAAUGUAAGAGUGAACCCGGUUUUAGUUAUUCAUUAAUCAGAGUUAAAUGUUCAGUAAUUUUCUCUCUGAGAAAAAAAUGUGAAUUCAAAUAAUAGUUGGGCGCUAAUAAAUCACCUAAAUUGUACAGCAUUUUUAUAUUAUAAUAAAAAUACCAGGUUAACAAAUAUUAGAAUUUCAGUAAUUAUUUUGAUAAGGAAGGUAAAUGGGAAAAUCAAACCUUAUUUUAAUGUUACGAUUUGUUGAUUGGCUUUUUCCUAUACUGAAUUAGACAUUGUAUUUUCAAUCUACUGCAGUCAGUUGUAACUAUAUAGCUAACUAAAUGAACCUAUUUUACAGUUUUUUAUUAAGGUCCUAAGUUCUCUCUUUUAUAGAAACUACUGUGAUAGUAGAUUGGACAAGAAACGAGGUAUUUAAGUAUCUUGUAGCUUAUGAUAUGGUAACUCUAUUAAGCUGCUUUAGUUUCCGACAAGUUACCCUUUCAGUUUCCUUUAGUUAAGAAGUUGUAAUCGAAGAAGAAAACAGUAUUCAACCGUAUAAUGUAGGAGGGGUCAGAUGGUAAAGAGGAAGUGUUUGGCAAUGUUGAGUGUGUCAGCUGGAAGUAUUGGAAAAACAAAACUUGUGCUGACCUACAUAAGGCUGUGGCAUUAAGUAGGUCAGGGUGAACUGUUGUGUUUGGCAAUAAUGUGGGCCAUAACAUGGUUUGAAAGGGCCUAUGGCCUUGAAUCCAGGUAAGAUUAAGAU